AUGUCGCAGACAACAUCAGAAAUACCACAUUUAUCUGAGGACGACCUACCAGAGAAUGCGAAUACAGAACGAAAGAUCUUCGCGAAUUGGGCUUCCUCGGUCCCGUUCAAGAAGCAAGCUGAAGAUUUUGAGAUCCAUAAUUCAGUCGAAUUAGACAUCAAGCUGGCUCCCUUCCUACAAUCUCUCAAUCUUUCUAGCAAGGUAUACAAACACAGGGGUAUUCUUUGGUACAGAUACCGGGACCGGAACAUGCACCAUUUCACCACAGCAAAGGCGAUGCUUUCAUCAUACCAAUCGAAAUACUUGCCGGUAGUCCGAGCGCCUCAGGGAAGCCUCUUCGAGAAGGAAAGCGGCUGUUCAUGA